CAAUAACCUACUUUUUCGCAACAUGUCUCUCGUAGCCAAGCCAGCGGCAUUGUUGCAGCAGCUAGAGACAGCUCUCAACCAACCUCGCCUUGCUCGUCUUAAGAAUGCCAUCUUCGUUCUUGUCCUCAUUCAUUACUGGUCUCGACUUUACUCAAAGGUCGUCGUACGUGGUCCGACUCGAGCCGCCAAGGACGCCUAUGCGUACUGUCUGAAACUCUUCUUCAAACAAUUGCGCCGUCUUCCCUCAGUUCAAGCAAAAAUUGACGCUGAACUCUCCAAGACAUUGAAGGAUCUUGAACACUCUGUUUUAUCUCGAGAAGGUAACACAAAGCGAUACCUUGCUCUACCCAAGGAAGGAAUGUCAAAAGACGAACUUCGAGAGAAUUUGAAGAGAUUCCAAGCUAUGGAAGACGUCGAUUGGGCAGGUGGCCGCGUGUCAGGCGCAAUCUACCAUGGUGGAGACGAAUUGAGCGAUUUAUGCACUGAAGCCUACCGUAUGUUUUCUGUGUCCAACCCAUUGCAUCCCGAAGUAUUCCCUGGUGUUCGUCGCAUGGAAGCUGAAUGUGUAGCUAUGGUACUCAACAUGUAUAACGCUCCCAAGACUGGAUGCGGUGUCAUGACCAGCGGUGGUACUGAAAGUAUUAUCAUGGCUUGCAAAGCUUAUCGAGAUAUGGCCAAAGAUUUGAAAGGAAUCGUAGACCCAGAGAUGGUUAUCCCAGAAACUGCUCAUGCUGCCUUCAUGAAAGCUGCAGGUUAUUUCAACAUCAAGCUCAUCGCUGUCCCUGUAAAUCCUGUGACCAUGAAAGCGGACAUUACACGCAUGGGACGCGCCAUCAACCGUAACACUAUUAUGAUCGUGGGUUCCGCUGUCAACUUCCCUCACGGUAUUGCUGACGACAUUGUUGCACUCGGAAAGCUUGCUAAGCGCCACAAGAUUGGCCUUCACGUUGACUGUUGUCUUGGCAGCUUUGUCAUGCCAUUCCUUGAGAAGGCUGGCCUUCCCACCACCCGUUUUGACUUUAGAGUCGAUGGAGUAACAUCUAUUUCAUGUGACACUCACAAGUAUGGUUUUGCUCCCAAAGGCUCCUCCGUUGUUAUGUAUAGACACCCUGCCAUCCGUAAGUACCAAUACUUCUUGUGUGCUGACUGGACUGGUGGCAUCUAUGCUUCUCCUAGCGUGGCCGGUUCUCGCCCUGGAGCAUUGAUUGCUGGUUGUUGGACGGCUUUGAUGACCAUUGGCGAAGCUGGGUACUUGGAAACCUGCAAAAAGAUUGUCGGUGCUCGACGUGAAAUUCAGACAGGCAUUGCUGGGAUUCCUGAGCUAACCGUCCUUGGCGAUCCUGUUGGUCCUGUUGUAUCAUUUGGUGCCAAGGAACCCAUCAAUGUCUACGAUGUGGGUGACAAGAUGUCCAAGAAGGGUUGGAACAUCAGUGCUCUCCAGAACCCUCCUGCUCUUCAUGUAUCGGUUACCUUGUUGUGGGUUCCUAGUGCUAAGCAGUUCGUUGUGGAUUUGAAGGAUGUUGUGGCUGGUUUGGUUGCCGACCCUAAGUCCGGCAAUGGUAAUACUGCAGCUAUGUAUGGUACUGCAGCUACCAUCCCUGAUAAGACCAUUAUUGAAGACGUUGCAGCAGGAUUUGUGGAUCUGUUGUAUAAAGCUUAAUGUAUGUGAUCUACACUAUGAAUUCAAUAAAAAGAUAUGCCAAUAAUAUCACUGGAA